GGUCCAGCCCCCUCCUCCCACAGCGCCGCGCCGCGCAGCGCCGCUUGGGCCGGGCCGGGAGCGGAGCGGGUCUGAGCCGAGCGGAGCCGAGUCCAACCGAGCAGAGCCGAGCAGGCCGCGACCAGCCGCCGCCGCCGCCGCCUCGCCGUCCCUGGGACAUGGAGGGCGUGCGGCCUGGCGGGGGUGCCCCCGCGGGCGGGCCGGGUUCAAGCUCGGGGUCCGGGUCCGGGUCCGGCUCCUUCCCGUCGCUCUUCCCGCCGGGGCUGCACGGUAUCUACGGCGAGUGCCGCCGCCUCUACCCCGACCAGCCCAACCCGCUCCAGGUCACCGCCAUCCUCAAGUACUGGUUGGGAGGACCUGACCCUCUGGACUACGUUAGCAUGUACAGAAACUUGGGAAACCCAGCGCUGAAUGUUCCUGAGCACUGGCACUACGUCAGCUUCGGGUUAAGUGACUUGUACGGAGACAACAGAGUACAUGAGUUUACAGGAACAGACGGACCAAGUGGUUUCGGAUUUGAGCUGACGUUUCGCCUAAAGAGAGAAACAGGGGAGUCGGCACCACCUACUUGGCCAGCAGAGUUAAUGCAAGGCUUAGCCAGAUACGUCUUCCAGUCAGAAAACACCUUCUGCAGCGGUGACCAUGUAUCGUGGCACAGCCCUUUGGACAACAGUGAAUCCAGAAUCCAGCAUAUGUUGCUGACAGAAGACCCUCAGAUGCAGCCGGUGCAGACUCCUUUUGGGGUUGUUACUUUCCUACAGAUUGUUGGGGUUUGCACUGAGGAACUACAUGCAGCUCAGCAGUGGAAUGGGCAAGGGAUCUUGGAACUGCUUCGGACUGUCCCAGUAGCUGGAGGCCCCUGGUUGAUAACAGAUAUGCGAAGAGGAGAGACAAUAUUUGAGAUUGACCCACAUCUACAAGAGAGAGUGGACAAAGGGAUUGAGACAGAUGGCUCAAACCUGAGUGGGGUGAGUGCCAAAUGUGCCUGGGACGAUCUCAGCCGGCCCCCGGAGGAUGAUGAAGACAGCAGGAGCAUUUGCAUUGGGACCCAGCCACGGCGGCUCUCUGGGAAAGAUACCGAGCAAAUCAGGGAGACACUGAGGAGAGGGCUUGAGAUUAACAGCAAACCUGUUCUACCUCCGAUAAAUUCACAAAGACAGAACGGGUUGAACCACGACCGAGCACCAAGCCGUAAGGACAGUUUAGAGAGCGAGAGCUCAGCAGCUAUCAUUCCUCAUGAGCUAAUCCGCACGAGGCAGCUGGAGAGUGUACACCUGAAAUUUAACCAGGAGUCCGGAGCACUCAUUCCCCUCUGUCUAAGGGGAAGGCUCUUACAUGGACGGCACUUUACAUAUAAAAGUAUUACAGGGGAUACAGCAAUCACGUUUGUAUCAACGGGAGUAGAAGGAGCCUUUGCUACAGAAGAGCACCCCUAUGCAGCACAUGGACCUUGGUUGCAAAUCCUAUUGACCGAAGAGUUCGUAGAGAGAAUGCUGGAAGAUUUAGAAGAUCUGAAUUCUCCAGAGGAAUUUAAACUUCCAAAGGAGUACAGCUGGCCUGAAAAGAAACUGAAAGUUUCCAUCUUGCCAGAUGCCGUGUUCGACAACCCGCUGCAUUAGAGCUGAAUUACACCCUUCUAACAACUGGGAGAGCCAAGUUACUGUCCAUUGCCCAGUGACUCACAGGAUAAUUAAUGCAGUAAAAACUCUGCCUGCAAAUAAAAGAGUUUGCUGCACAACCACUGCAAACAGAAGAGGAGCUACUCAGCACCAGCCCAGACCGAACUGAGCCCUUUCCUUUAUCUUUCCCAAGGCUGAGCUCUCUGGGAACAGCCUGCGUAUGUGUGAGUGCGAGUGAGAAAUAUUUAACUAUGAAAAUUAGUAGUAAGAAUCCUUUCUCUUUCCUAGCUACAGAACUCCCCUCUGCCUUAGCUCAGGGUGUAGAUGCUCUGCACGCCUGUAUUUACACAUGCGUUUCUGCCAGGUGCGAGCCUAUAAUCCAUGGAUUAAAUGUUCUUUACGUGACUCUGGAGUCCUUUUGUUAGCCAAACUUUUACUGACUGCAGAACUGUUCUUCCAUGUGCUACUUUUUUUUUUUCUUUUCAGAAACGGAAUGGUAUUUCCCCUGUUUAAAGGAGGCCAAAAGCUCACAUGCUUGAAGCUGAACAGAUUUAAAGAUGAACUUUCUAGUUCAGUCAAGAAAAACAAACCCAGAUCCUCCCUGCCCUCAAAUUAGGCAUGUUUUAAGUGUUGGUCUUGGUGCUAUUAGCUAUGGUAUCGCUGCAAACAGAGGCAACUUUAUUCUCACGCAUCCUGUCCUUGUGCCUGAACCCCAGGGAAGGUCACAACCCCUGGUUUUGCACAAGCAGGAGGAAGAAAGCUACCGGGGCGGGGGAGAUCUCCUGUUUACAGUGUGUUUAUCUUUAAAGAGAUACUGUCAAGUAUUUUUUCCUUGCUAUUGUACAGAAUUUGAGAAGCUAGAAAGGACCAUUUGUUCACAGGGACAACUUCAGCAGCUCUGCAGGAUCCAGAGGGCUGCUUGAAAGCAUAUGAAAUGGAGAUCUCCGCUGCCCUGGCGCAGCAGAGUGGAGACUCAGCCUCAAUAAAGCCAACUAUUCUCCCUGUUCCAGCAGGGUUGUGCCCUAGUGCAGCUCCAUUUUCCCCUCUAGCCUCGCUGUGAUGGCUCUUCUUGUUGCCGAUGUCCUUCCUUUCAGAUAGAUUUGAACUGUAAAGCAUCAAAAUCAACUUGAAAAGACCCUCCCUCUAGAUCCCCGUGGCUUCCUCCCUGGAGCAAGAUGUGGUGUGCAGAGGAGACGGUCUCUGCAAGGGUCAAGUUCUGUCUCUGCAUGGAGAUGCUGGCCCCUGUGAUACGCUGCAGUAAACCACUGCAGGCUUUACCCCCUGCUGCUGUUGCAGGUUGCUUCUGAUGCAUAUUCCCUAGCCUUCCUCUGCCCAUUGUCUUUUGGUGACAAGUCUUCACUCCUUGUCAGGGGAGGUGCAGCUUUCCUUCCACCCCUUUCUGCCUACAAGAUAACUUGGUGAUUUACUCACAGUUGCUGUGUGAUUGUAAUGCAAGUAUAACAAAAGCUUUUAACACUUAACUCCCCUGAUCAAACCGCAAAGUCCAGGAGGCCUCAUGGUACCCCAGGGUUGGUUUUCUCUUUGUUUUCUGAUUUAAUUUCUUCCUGGCACAUUCAGCUUUGAUGAUUUUUGCAUAUAUUUGAGGCUGGUUAAUGUUGGUCAAGAAGCAGAGCUAGGAGCCACAAAGCUUUUUUUGGACUUGCUACAGAAUUCUGCUGUGGCCUCAGGCAAGUCACUCAAUGUCUCUCUGUGCAGAGGGUGAUUAUUGACUAGAGGGCUGUAGGACCUACCGAAGCAUGCCAGGGUUUGCAGGGGAGGGCGUGCUUUGUGUACAAAGUAGUAUUUGUAUUAUUAUAAUUGUUGUUAUAAUAUAAUUUAAGGCAGGCCAAAUGCAGGGUCCAACACUGCUCGGCAGAACCUUCCUUUCUGCAAAGCUACGGAAGCAAUUUACAUGUAAAUGAGUUUGUCAUUUUGUCUGAACUCAGAGGAUCAUCUUAAAAUCCUGCUGCGAAAGAACAAACUUUCAGAUAUCUGCAUGUGCCAGCCAGAGUGGUUUUUCUGUGCUGUGGCAGACUGCAUUCAUCCGUGGGAUCUCUUGGACAGUUUUCAUUGUCCUGGUUAGCAUGAAGCAUCCCUUCUGCACUGUAGAUGUAUAUGCAGGCGACAGCGUGGGUGAGAAAAUGGCAUGAAGAUAUAGCAGUCCAGCUUCAGAAAUUACAUGCCCAAAUGUCCCACCACCAGAUAAUGAACAAACAGAUAAUUGUGGCAGCCAGGGGAAAAAGGCAAGGGCAGCAACUACGGUUUUGUCCCAAAGCCAUCCGCCAACAGUAGCCAUGGGCUGCUCUUGUACGAUGC